AAAAGUCCCGUCCCGCGGGCCGCGCCGUUCUCCUCAAGGUCUCGGUCCACCACUACUACUAUUUACGCGCGUCCCGUUUGUUUCUUUUUGUUGGUGGUGUUGUUGUUGUUGUUGUUGUUGUGUGUGUUGUGUGUUGUGUGCGGUGUGUUGCAGUCGCCGUGUGUAUUCAUCGCGUGUAUACAUAUACAUUCUUGCCGUCCGACGGCCGGUAGUGUGCCGCGUACCGCUGUUGCUGCUGCUGCUGCUGACCAGUGUCGGCCGCGACGUCCGAUCAUGCGCAGACACCACGCCAACAACAGCUGCUGUAGCCGGCACGUCGAGACACCGUGAGCAAGAGAUAAUAUGCGCACUGCGCUUUCAGCCGCAAUCACCGCCGCCGUCGUCGUCGUCGCCGUUUUCCUUUGCCUAUCGGUGCCGUUCAGUGAGAGUCGCCCUUGGCCCACCUCGUCGACGGACAAUCCGGAACCGUCCACGGCGGCGUACGCGGAUUACGGCGAUCCGUCCCCGGCGGACGAGACGGAGGAGCCGUCCACGUAUCAGGACCAGCAAUCAGAGUGGAUGUACGACGAGCCCGAAAAAGUGUACGGCGAACCUGAAAAAGUGUACGGCGAGCCUGAAAAAGUGUACGGCGAACCGGAAAAAGUGUACGGCGAACCGGAAAAAGUGUACGGCGAACCUGAAAAAGUGUACGGCGAACCGGAAAAAGUGUACGGGAAACCGGAAAAGAAUUACGAGGUGGACGAGGCGGACAGCGUGCUGAGCGACGGCCGCGUGCAUGGCGAACAGCCGACGACCGCCGCGGGGUCGUCCGCCGAGACGAAAAAGAGCGGCUACGUUGUGGACGGCAAACAUUACCGCAAGUACCGCGUGGAGGAGGAGACGCCGGACGGGUUCAUAGUGGGCGAGUACGGCGUGGUCAACCACAACGACGGCAUCACCAGGGGCGUCCGGUACACGGCCGACAGCAGCAUUAACCCGAGGGUCAUCUACGACGCCCUGGCCAAGUUUUUAACGCUCUAGCGAUAAUAAUGGCCAGCUUUGUCCGGCCGGGACUGAAUCGAUAAGCAAAAAUCAUUGGUUUUUUUUUUUAUUUACAUGAAAUUUUCUAGUCAGACACUAUUCCAAUCGUCGUACACAACCGUUAAAAGUAAUUAUUAUGUAUUUUUUAUUAUGGCUAUUACUAUUUGUAUUAUUACACAGCCCUUUUAUUGCCAGCCAUCAAGUGCCAUUCUAUAUUAAUUAUUAUACAUUGAAAAAUAUUUUUCCAAAACGUUAGUCAACGCGUUUACGCGCAAUAUUAUUAUAAAUAUAUAUAUACCGUAGAAAUGACAAAACGAUAUUCUACUAUUGUAACAAUAUGUAUAAAUUACAUUACAUUGAUCGAUUAUUCAAAUUAUUAACAGACAUUUUAACUGUAAAUUUAAUUUUAAAAAAAUGCAUCAACACUCAAGUUGUACUAAUAUGUAUAUUAAAGGUGCAUUAUGAUUUAUAA